UUCCAUUGAGUGAGGUAGCAAAAUGUGUUCGUUUUGCUUUUGUUGCGCAUUGAUACUCUAUCUUACGAACUGUUGCUUAGCUCAGCAAUACAAAGAAGCUUAUUUUGAUCAGAAGUUGGAUCACUUCAAUUUUCAAUCAUACGGAAAUCGCACUUAUCGUCAAAGAUAUUUGUACAAUGAUACUUGGUGGGACACUGGAAAAGGACCUAUCUUCUUCUAUGCCGGCAAUGAAGGUGAUAUCGAGGGCUUCUGGCAAAAUACCGGAUUUAUGUUCGAAAUUGCUCCUAAAUUUCACGCACUAGUGGUUUUUGCUGAACAUAGAUUCUAUGGCAAGUCCCUUCCAUUUGGCAACAGUAGUUUUGAAGGCUCAAAUAUUGGUUUAUUGAGUGUAAGUCAGGCAUUGGCUGACUACGCAUUUUUUCUGAAGAAUUUCAAACGUAAUUUCAAAGCUGAGAAGUGCCCUGUCAUUGCUUUUGGAGGAAGUUAUGGUGGUAUGCUUGCUGCAUAUAUGCGGUUUAAGUAUCCCAAUGUCGUCCAGGGUGCAAUAGCUGCAAGCGCACCUAUUUACCUCGUUGCAGGAGAAAUAUCAGGAGAUAUCUUCUUUCAAGCUGUCACUAAGGAUUUUCGGGACGUCUCUUCUGCCUGUGAGUCUCGAGUAAGGACUGCUUUCGCUCAACUGGAUUGGGCAAAAGAUGGAUCAACAGGUCUUGCCCAAAUUUCUAGAACAUUUCGACUAUGUUCACCAUUGACCUCGUCUAAGGAUUACACCCAUUUGUUACGCUGGAUACGUAAUUCGUUUGUGAUGGCAGCCAUGAUGGAUUAUCCUUAUCCUGCAUCUUUUAUGGGAAAUUUUCCUGCAAAGCCAGUCAACGUUAUGUGCAGCAAGCUGCUAUCUGAAGCGAUCCCUGCUGCCGGUCUUCGAAAAGCCAGUGCCGUCUACUACAAUUCUUCCGAAACACUAAAUUGCUUUGAUAUAUACAACGAAUACCUGUACUGUGCCGACCCAACUGGAUGUGGCCUUGGAUCUGACAGCAAGGCAUGGGAUUACCAAGCUUGCACUGAAAUCAACCUGGAAGCAAGCACUUCUGGAGAGCGGGAUAUGUUCCCCGAACUGCCUUUCACUUCGCAAAUGCGUGAUGAGUAUUGCCUCCAAACAUGGAAAGUACUGCCCAGAAGGGAUUGGCUAGAGGUCCUCUUAUGGGGAAGAGAUAUAAAUACUGCUUCAAACAUUGUCUUCAGCAAUGGGAAUCUUGAUCCUUGGGCUCCAGGAGGAGUUUUGAAAAAUGUGUCGGCCUCGUUAUCUGCAGUUUUGAUCGACGGUGGUGCUCAUCACCUCGACCUCAGGGGUAGUAACGCAAAGGAUCCAGCAUCAGUCAUCGAAGCUAGAAAGUUCCACGCCAGAAAGAUUUCUGAGUGGCUGGCUGAAUUCUACCGUAAACAGCGUCAUGGAAAUGUAGAACGAAAUGAUUUACACAUGUUUGAAUCGUAAUUUAUGUCCUCAAAGAAUCUCGCAUUGAAAACUGAUGACAGCAACUCUGAUGAAAUAGGAUAAAUGUAAAUUUGAUGAAUGUAAACUGAAUAAUAGCAUUACUUAACAAUAAGUAAACGAGAAAAGUUAUUGAAAAUUGCACAUUCGCUGUUACAAAGAUAAGACAUUCCAAUUUCCCAUUAACAGUUUGUCCAGGACCAUCAU